CUAACCCGCCAGUUAAAAGAACCCGAACCUGGAAAAUAAUCAGCCAAAAAAAAAAAGACAGACUUUAAAAUGAAAAACGAGAAAAUUACAUUGAAGAAGAAGAAGGCGAGAGGAAUCAAGCUGGGGAGGAAAAUCGGGACGGCCUUCAGGUGGGUAAUCCGACCGAGAAGCGCGAUUCGAUCCGUGAAGAACCCGAUCUCCGGGAUUUUGUCGAUGAUCCGGGUCCUCCAGCGGAGGGCUCUGGAGACCGUGAAUAAUAAUUCGGGUCGGAGGAGGGAUUGCGUCCGGUUGGGCCGGGUGAAGCCGGUGGAGGAUUCGGCGCCGAAGAAGGGGCACCUGGCGGUGUACGUGGGGGAAUCCGACGGCGACACGAGGCGGGUCAUGGUGCCCGUGAUGUACUUCAACCACCCGCUGUUCGGGGAGCUGCUGGAGGAGGCGGAGCGGGUUUACGGGUUCGACCGGCCGGGCGGGAUCAGCAUCCCGAUCGGGUAUAAAAAGUUUGAGAAGGUGAAGAUGAGGAUCGACGCCUGGGGGCGGCGGGGUUGACCGCCGCCGACGGUGCGGUUUAGUUAGAUGGAUUUGACAUAAUCAGGAGUUUUUUUUUUUUUCUUCUUCUUCUUCUUCUUCUUCUUAAUUCCUUCUUCGUCUUUCUUUUUAUUAUUAAUUUCCGAAGGGAUGAUCUGUUAAUAGUAAGACGAAGUUUCGUGGAUUCAUCUGGAUUGGAUAGUUGACAAUGGGGAAGAAUUAUUGUGGAAAAAAUAAGGAAAAACAGGAUUAAUUGGUUUCAUAAAUGGGAAAAUUCAACGGUGAAGUACGUUUCUCUUCGUCGCCAUUAAUCGGCAGAGAAAAUGUGGUCCAUUUCCUAAGCUAGAUUAAUAAUAGGCCAGUGUAUUA